AUGGAUACAUUAGAUCUUGGUUUGCGUGAACUUUAUUUUAACGUCAACGGUGGAUACAUGUCGAUGGAAAAACUUUACAGAAAUGCAGUAAAAAAAGAUAUUCCCGGUGUCACGCGUGAAAAAGUGAAAGCAUGGUUACAAACACAAAAUACAUACAUCGUUCACAAACCGACACGAGUUCAUUUUAAAACACAACGAACGUAUGUUGAUGGACUUGCACAACAAUUACAGUUGGAUUUAGUAGAUAUGCAGAAAUACAGUCAUGUAAAUAAAGGUUAUAAAUGGAUUUUAACCUCCAUCGAAAUUUUAAGUCGGUAUGCAUUUGUUGUGCCCGCCUAUCGAAAAGGAACGAAAGAUAUGGUUCCGGCCGUCGAAAAAAUCUUGGAACAAUUUCACGAAAGAUUUGGACGCUAUCCCAAAGUCGUUCAAUUUGACGAAGGAAAAGAAUUUUACAAUAAUGGAGUUAAAGGUUUAUUGGAAAAACACGACAUUCAUUAUUUUUCAACGCGACUGACCGGAAAAAAAGCAGCGAUCGUCGAAAGAUUUAACAGAACGUUAAAAACAAGAAUGUGGAAAUAUUUUACCGAACAACAAUUUACGACAAAGUCAAAAAAAUGGAUCAAUGUCUUAGAUAAUUUUGUUGCAUCGUAUAAUCAUUCGAAACAUCGGACGAUCGAUAUGAAACCUGCCGAUGUCAACGAAACCAAUAAAGAUAAAGUCUGGACAAAACUUUACGGUUAUCCCUUAUCUCAUUUUCCAGAACCAAAAUUUAAAGUCGGAGAUCGUGUCCGAGAUCAGAUUUACCGCAAUACUUUUGUGAAAGGAUACACGUCGAAUUAUACCGACGAUGUUUACGUCGUGUCGGAAGUGUUUCGCGGUGAUCCGAACAUGUAUAAACUCAUCAAUCCCGACGAUGACGAUCGUGAAAUUCAAGGAAGAUUUUACGAACACGAAUUAUCAUUAGAUCUAAGUGGUAAAUAA